AUGGCGUCUUCCUCAACUUCAUCCAAGCAGAAGAGCUUUAAAUACGAUGUAUUUUUAAGUUUUAGAGGCAUAGACACUCGUAAGAACUUCGUUGAUCAUCUUUAUCAUGCUCUUCAACAACAAGGCAUUUACACUUACAAGGACGACGUGAGAAUCACGAAACGGAAACGGAUUAGUGAUGAGCUCAUCGGAUCCAUUCAAGAUUCAAAAUUCUACAUCAUUGUAUUCUCCAAGAACUAUGCAUCUUCAUCUUGGUGCUUGGAUGAGCUUGUGAAGAUAAUGGAGUGUCACAAGACAACCCAACAUAAUGUUUACCCUGUUUUCUAUGAUGUGGAACCCACUGAAGUCCGCAAACAAAGUGGAGCUGUUGGAGAAGCCUUUGCCAAACAUGAGAAAGCAGAGGCUGCUGAAAAAUGGAGAGAGGCGAUGAAAGAAGCAGCGGAUCUUGCUGGGUUGGAGUUGAAGAACACUGCUGAUGGGCAUGAAGCCAAGUUCAUCCAAAAAAUCGUUGAAGAUAUAUCACUAGAGCUACACACCAUCAAUUUCAGCUAUGAUAAAAAAUUAGUUGGUAUUGAGACCCGAGUAAAUGAUCUUGUAUCAUCUUUAGAUAUAGGUAUUAAUGAUGUUCGCAUGAUCGGGAUCAAGGGGAUGGGAGGUGCUGGGAAGACAACUCUGGCUAGAGCUGUUUUUGAUAAAAUAUCGUUUCGGUUCGAAGGUAAAAGCUUUGUUGAGAAUGUGAGAGAAGUUACAAACACUCCUUUGUCUGGUUUAAAGUCAUUGCAAGAACAAAUCCUUUCAGAUGUCUUAAAUGAUAAAGACAUCAGAGUAAGUGGUGUUCAUGAAGGGCAAAACAUUCUGAAAAAGAGGAUGCGUGGUAGAAAGGUUCUUAUUGCUCUAGAUGAUGUAGAUGAUAUAGAACAGCUUGAGGCAUUAGCUGGUGAGCAUGAUUGGUUUAAGUCGGGAAGUAGAAUUAUCAUUACAACAAGAGACAAGCAAGUACUUCUAGCACAUAGGGUGACUUUGAUUCAUGAUGUCAAUCUGUUAUCGGAUAAAGAAGCAAGUUGCCUCUUCAGUAGGUAUGCAUUUGGGAGAGAGAUUCCAGUUCAAGGGUACCAAGAAUUAUCGGAACAAGUUGUACAUUAUGCUUCUGGUCUUCCCUUAACGAUCAAAGUUUUGGGUUCACUCUUGUUUGGUAAAGAUAAGGUUGAGUGGAAAGAUGCCUUAGAAAGGUUAAAAACUAUUCCGUUAGCAAAAACUCUGAAAAUAUUGGAAUUAAGCUAUACUGCUCUAGAGGAUGAUUACAAGGAAAUAUUUCUAGAUGUUGCAUGCAUAAUGAAAGGUGGGACCCGGAAGGACCAAGUAAUCAAAGUGCUUGAGAGCUGUGGAUUUUGUGCUAAAAUUGGUUUAAGGGUUCUUCAAUUAAAAUCUCUCAUAACCGUUCAUGUCUAUCGAGGAUAUGAGUUUGUGUCCAUGCAUGACCAUCUUAGAGAAAUGGGCAUGAAUAUUGUUCGUCGAUUGCACCCGAAAAUGCCUCAAAAACAUAGCCGAUUGUGGAAGAAUGAUGAAAUUGAACAUAUUUUGGCUAAUGACUUGGGUACUGAAGAAACAAGAUGUAUAAGAUUGUACACUGAGAAACUCGAUCCAUAUAUUCUUAUAAAAGGUCUUGCAAAGAUGAAGGCACUUAGAUUUCUUUAUGUGGAUAUGAGAGAUUGUUUGUGGAACCUUGAACUUGAUACAUUUAGCCCAAGCUUUCCAGAUACUUUAGAAUAUUUGAGUUUUAAUCAAUACCCAUUUACGUCUUUACCUAAAACAUUUCAAGCAAGUAAUCUUGUUACACUUGAGAUGCGUCGCAGCAAAAUCAUACUCCUUUGGGAAGGGGGAGAAAGAAAGGUUCUUGAGAAACUCAGAUUCCUUGAUCUCAGUUAUUCAAAGUUGAAGACCCUUGACCUUCGGUUGGUUCCAAAUCUCGAGACAUUGACUCUUACAGGAUGCAGUGAUCUGGUUGAAUUUCCAGAUGGUAUUUGGAAGUUGGAACAUCUGAAAUCUCUAGAACUUGAUGGUUGUAAGUUACUUGAGAAGUUAUCUGAGGAUCUUCACCGGUUAAGAUAUUUAGAGAAGCUAAACUUGUCAUCUACAAGUAUUGAAUAUCUCCCAGAUAGCAUUAGCAUAUUGAAGCAUCUAAAAUAUCUUCAACUUGAUAGAUGUCAGUUGAUUGAGAAGUUACCUGAGGAUCUUGGCCAACUAAAGUCAUUAGAACACCUCAGUUUGUCAUCUACAAAGAUUCAACAUCUUCCAGAUAGCAUUUAUAUGUUGAAACAUCUAGAAUCUCUGAAACUUGAUAAUUGUACGUUGCUUGAGAAGAUACCCGAAGAUGUUGGCAAACUAGAGUCAUUAGAGCACCUAACUUUGUCAUAUACAAAGAUUCAAUAUCUUCCAGAUAGCAUUUGUAUGUUGAAACGUCUAGAAUCUCUAAAACUUACUAAUUGUCAGUUGCUUGAGAAGUUGCCUGAAGAUCUUGGCCAAUUAGAGUCAUUAGAACAGCUCAGUUUGUCAUCUACAAAGAUUAAACAUCUUCCAAAUAGCAUUUGUAUGUUGAAACAUCUAAAAUCUCUCGAACUUAAUUUCAUUUUGCUUGAGGAGUUACCUGAGGAUCUUGGCCAAUUAGAGUCAUUAGAGCACCUAACUUUGUCAUCUACAAAGAUUCAACAUCUUCCGGAUAGCAUUUGUAUGUUGAAACAUCUGAAAUCUCUCAACCUAGGUGAUUGUUGGUUUCUUGAGAAGUUACCUGAGGAUCUUGGUCAAUUAAAGUGUUUAGAUAAGCUGCACAUAUCUUAUACAAAGAUUAAACAUUUUCCAGAUAGCAUUUCUAUGUUGAAACAUCUAAAAGUUCUCAAACUUCAUGAUUGGGCAUCAUUUGAGAUGUUACCUGAGGAUCUCAGUGGGUUACGCUGUUUAAAGGUGCUGCUGAUGUUAUCUACAAAGAUUAGGCAUCUUCCAGAUAGCAUUUGUAUGUUGAAACAUCUGAAACUUCUCAGCCUAGCUCAAUGUUGGUUGCUUGAGAAGUUACCCGAUGAUAUUGGCCGAUUAGAGUUUUUAGAGAAGCUUCGUUUGCAUCAUACAAAGAUUAAAUAUCUUCCAGAUAGUAUUUCUAUGUUGAAACAUCUAAAAGUUCUCAAACUUGAUGAAUGUCAGUUGCUUGAGAUGUUACCUGAAGAUCUUGGUGGGUUAGACUGUUUAGAGGUGUUGCGGUUGUCAUAUACAAAGAUUAGAAAUCUCCCAGAUAGCAUUUGUAUGUUGAAGCAUCUGGAAUAUCUCGAUCUUGAUCAUUGUUCAGUGCUUGAAAAGUUGCCUGAGGAUCUCAGUGGGUUAGUAUGUUUACAGGUGUUGCGUUUGCCAUAUACAUAUAUUAGGUAUCUUCCGGAUAGCAUUUGUAUGUUGAAACAACUGAGAGUUCUCAACCUGCGUGAAUGUUCUUUGCUGGAGAAGUUACCUGAGGAUCUUGGCGAAUUAGAAAGUUUAGAAUUCUUAAAUAUAGUAGGUACAAGCGUAUGGUUUAUUCCGCAGGGCAUUCAUAAUCUGAUAGUAGGUCUGCAUUUUUGUGGGUCAAGAAGGCUUCUUCAUUCAUUUGGUUUCGAUGUUGAAGAUGAAGACAUCAACGAAGACAAAUACAUAUAUGAGUAUGAAGAUGACUACGAAGACCAAUACGGAUACGGAUAUGAAUACGAUGAUGAAGAGGAAGAUGAAAUGUUAUAA